GUUGUCAGGCAAAAUAAGACAGCAGAAGGAAGGGAGGUCCGCAACAGAUAAACACACAGCCUAGCCUCGGCGGCGCGGCGCAUUUCCACAGAGCGGUGCACACGAAGGGAGAGCCGGGCGAGGGAGACGCAGGAACAGAGAGAGAGAGAGAGAGAGAGAGGCUGCUGCGGCCCUCAGCUGUUUUUUUUAAUUCAGCCAUCCGUUGUUUUUUUAUGAGUGUAGGAGGAGAAAGGAGAGGAAUACGCAUCCAGGUGCACCCUUGAAGCGGAAAAGCCAGUGACCUCCUUUCUGUCUUCUGAGAAGGAACCAGGGGUUGCCACGGAGACAGCAGCAGUGGAAAAAAAAGAGAGAAAGGAGGCCCCCCGUGGAUUCAGCUUCCUAGUUCCUAGCCCUGCCUUCACACUACCACAGCUGGAAUGGGUGGGAGACACUGGCCUCUGUCAGAGAAACACAUAUGAAUUGCAGAUGGCAAUGGACAUAAAGGGCCAGUUUUGGGCAGAGGAUGAAUCUGACGGAGACAAUGACUCGGAGGAAUUCCUGUACGGGAUUCAGGGAAGCUGUGCAGCUGACCUAUACAGACACCCCCAGUUGGACGCCGACAUCGAGGCAGUGAAGGACAUCUACACUGACAGCGCGGUCUCUGUCAGGGAGUAUGGGACGAUUGACGAUGUGGACAUCGACCUGCAAAUCAACAUCGGUUUCUUGGACGAGGAGGUUGCGACCGCCUGGAAGGUGAUCCGCACCGAGCCCAUCGUGCUUCGCCUCCGCUUCUCCCUCUCCCAGUACCUGGAUGGACCCGAGCCGUCGGUGGAAGUGUUCCAGCCGUCCAAUAAAGAGGGCUUCAGCCUGGGACUCCAGCUGAAAAAAAUCCUCAGCAUGUUCACAUCACAGCAGUGGAAACACCUGAGCAAUGAGUUCCUGAAGGCGCAGCAGGAGAAGAGGCACAGCUGGUUCAAGGCUGGGGGCACCAUCAAGAAGUUUCGUGCUGGACUCAGCAUCUUCUCCCCCAUACCCAAGCCCUCGUCCAGAUCGCCCAGUUUCCCCCUGAUCCAGGACCCGGGUCUGAAGGGGAAGCUGGCCGUGCCGGAGCUGCGGGUCACCCGGCUCAUGAACCGCUCCAUCUCCUGUACCGUGAAGAACCCCAAGGGGGAGCUCUUCAGCUACCCCCCCAACAGCCAGACUGUGGCUGUCCCUGCGGCCAGGCCUCCGGCGCAGAUUACCACGAAGCAGCUGAUUGAAUUGUUUUUUUCAUCCCAGGCGGGAGGCCACUGCAAGAAUAUUCCUACCUUGGAGUAUGGCUUCUUAGUGCAGAUAAUGAAAUACUCGGAGCAGCGGAUCCCCACGCUGAACGAAUACUGCGUGGUGUGCGACGAGCAGCACGUCUUUCAGAACGGCUCCAUGCUCAAGCCGGCAGUGUGUACCAGGGAGCUGUGUGUGUUUUCCUUUUACACGCUGGGAGUGAUGUCAGGAGCAGCCGAGGAAGUGGCCACUGGAGCAGAGGUGGUGGAUCUGCUGGUUGCCAUGUGCCGGGCAGCUCUGGAAUCCCCCCGCAAAAGCAUCAUCUUUGAACCCUACCCUUCUGUGGUCGACCCCAACGACCCCAAGACCCUGGCCUUCAACCCCAAGAAGAAGAACUAUGAGAGGCUUCAGAAAGCUUUGGACAGUGUCAUGUCCAUCCGGGAGAUGACACAGGGGUCAUAUUUGGAGAUUAAGAAACAGAUGGACAAGCUGGAUCCUCUGGCACACCCCCUGCUGCAGUGGAUCAUUUCCAGCAACAGGUCUCACAUUGUCAAGCUUCCGCUGAGCAGGCAACUGAAGUUCAUGCACACGUCCCACCAGUUCCUCCUGCUCAGCAGCCCCCCAGCCAAGGAAGCCCGCUUCCGCACCGCCAAGAAGCUCUACGGCAGCACCUUCGCCUUCCAUGGGUCCCACAUAGAGAACUGGCACUCCAUUCUGAGAAAUGGACUAGUCAAUGCCUCUUAUACCAAACUGCAGCUACACGGGGCAGCGUACGGGAAGGGCAUCUAUCUGAGCCCCAUCUCCAGCAUUUCCUUUGGAUAUUCAGGGAUGGGGAAGGGACAACAUCGCAUGCCAACCAAAGACGAGCUGGUCCAACGUUAUAACCGCAUGAACACCAUUCCACAGAGCCGUCCAAUACAGUCCAGGUUUCUUCAGAGCCGGAAUUUAAACUGCAUUGCUCUGUGUGAAGUAAUAACAUCUAAGGACCUGCAGAAGCACGGGAACAUUUGGGUGUGCCCUGUAUCUGAUCACGUCUGCACGCGGUUCUUCUUUGUGUAUGAGGACGGCCAGGUGGGAGACGCCAACAUCAACACCCAAGAGCCCAAGAUCCAGAAGGAGAUCAUGCGCGUCAUUGGGACCCAGAUUUACUCCAGCUGAGAGGAUUCGGAGGAGACGACGCUCGUUUGUCCACCAGGGGGCACCGGGAGCACGCGCGUGGCCUGAGCCCGCUGGGCCGUUCGAGCCAUAGCGCGGACGAAACGGCUCGAUUUUCGCUGGCUUGAGGGGAGAGCGAGUGGAGCUUUCUGUCUGUUUCCUUUCACUCUCCUUCUCUUUUAUUUCGCCCCUUCUAUUUCUCAUUCCGUCUUUGACAGCCCCUAAUAGACGUUUUACCAUCUGCCUUUCGAAAAGGCCCCGGGUGAAUGAUUGAUAAUGGACUUCCCUUCAGAUGAAAUGAGGUUGACAGGCAGAAAUAUCUCCCGUUGAAGCUGUCUGUUUAGGGAGACUCUAAUGAGACUUUUAAAUAGGAUAUUUGAAAUCCCGUGGCCUACUCACGUUGGUCUCCCAUUGAGCAGGAAGAACAGAUAAGAACAUUAAGCUCGAUCCAGUCUGUACACUGGUCUGCUGUCCUGUUCACCUGACCUGACCUAUCGACUCGCCAACCCCCUGCCUCCGAGACUCUGCCCAGUGCUCUCUCAUCCCCCCCCCCCCCCCCCCCCCAAGCCACUGUGCCAUUUUACUCAACCUUUCAUUUUACAGGCAGUGGCCGAUAAAACUGUCUUUGUCAUUUCAAACGGCGGAUGUCUGAAAUUCACUAUAUUGGAAAAUAAUUCAGAAUGAUCCAGAAUGCUUGUACGAGCCUGCCGUUGCUGGCCUGAGGAUAAUGGGGUGAACAAGCCUUUGUUUGUCAUUUCAUUACUUUUUUAUGAGGGAGUGUUUUGGCGACCUUUGGUUCGUUUCAUAUUCCUUCGAGUCAUUUAACGUGAGCGCAGAUCUCAGGCGCGAUCAGCCGUGUCCUAAGCACCGCUUUGCAGUUAUUUUCCCUAAAUUAAAGCUGAUUUCCCUUUGCUGCUUGAAUAAACACGGAGCUCCUUGAAUACAGAAUUGGAGCGGGCUCGCUCUGCAUAUAGCGUAAUCACGUCCCUUAUAGCAGCUCCUCACACGUGACACGAAGACGAAACUUAUUCUGACUGCACAAGAACAAAGCGAGGUUAUUUUCAGAGCGGGGCCUGUUCUUAAUGGCUCAUAUAGGAGAUACAGAAUGUCACAGUAAAAACGUGUAUACUUCCAUUGUUUCUUCAUUUAUACCCCAAGGAUCUUUCUGGAUGGUUUCGGCAAAAUUUACAUACUCUAUCAACCUGGGCACCAGUCUCAACAGCUUUUCUUUCUCUGUGGAGGAAUGAAAAAAAAAAUGGAUAAACUAGAAGCUGUUUGCUGGAUUCCCAACCAAUUAGCAUUAAAGUAGUUUGAAGGAUUCCUAUCCAAUCAACACUGAGGUCCUCCACAGGCACUUGUAUAUUAUGCUUAUCCGGCCGGUAUUUCCUUAAAUGAGGGACCAUGGGGCUAUUUAUCGGCAUCUCUGAUUGAAAACUCAUUCCUAACAGAACUCCGGAGGUUACUGAAGUGCUUUAAUUCAAAUCAGUUCUGUUUACCUUGGGGAAUGACCGUCAUGUAUAAUUUACCUAGUUAGUUAUGCUCUAAUGUGAUUGAUGGUUUGUAUUUAUGUUUGCGUGUUUUAUACUUUCCAUUGCACUAUUGCAGAGUUUUCCACACUCAAAGAGACUUGUCUUAUGAACGAUUAAAUGACAUCACUUGGCAGCCAUUUUGUGAGCUUGCUUGUGGUGGCCGGUACAACUUCAGAGAGGCAUUAAAAAGAGUAUGAAAGAGGUUUUGGAUACCUUGAAGAAUGUUUGGUGGAUGGUAAGGCAAGAAAACAGUGUAUUGCUUAGACAACAGGGAAUCAAGAGAAACACUGACACCCAAACAUAUCUCUGCUUUCCUGAUAUACUUCCUUCCUGUCCCAAUAGUUCACUUGGACCAUCAGUGUCCACUGCUUUCCCAAUGGUGAUACUGUACUUUACGAUUAAUUAUGUAUCUGUUAAACAGUGGUUUCUUGUCUUUUUUCCUGUCAGUCUUGUGCUUGAAUGAACGGGAUUCAAAUGUAAUCCUGAAAGUAAAAAAAUAAAAUAAAAUAAAGAUUUUGCACAAUUUUAUACAA